AUGUCAUUGCAGGGGAAUGAAGCUUCACUACCUAUGGAAUUAUGCUCCACAUUCGAUGUGGAAGAGAUUAAACGACUCGGCAAGAGGUUCCGGAAGUUGGACUUGGAUGGUUCAGGCUCCUUGAGCAUUGAUGAGUUCAUGAGUCUUCCUGAACUGAAACAGAACCCCCUAGUGCAGCGUGUCAUCGAAAUAUUUGACACCGAUGGUAAUGGCGAGGUCGACUUCAAAGAAUUCAUCGAAGGAGUUUCACUGUUCAGUGUGAAGGGUGACAAAUUAUCCAAGCUCAAAUUUGCAUUUAAGAUAUACGAUAUCGACCGAGAUGGCUUCAUAUCGAAUGGAGAACUCUUCCAAGUCCUGAAAAUGAUGGUUGGCAACAAUCUGAAGGAUAGCCAGUUACAACAAAUUGUCGACAAGACAAUUAUCAAUGCUGACAAAGAUGGAGAUGGAAAAAUCUCUUUUGAUGAAUUUUGUGCUGUCGUAGGCAACAUGGAUGUUCAUAAAAAGAUGGUUGUAGACGUAUGA